AUGGCAGACGCAUGCGCAGCAGAAACCCUCACGUCCUCUUAUGUGGAUCUCUCUGCGCCGGUUCAGGACGCCGCUGCAUCCCUCUAUUCGGCUAUUACGGCGGAAUGCGAAGGUGGAACAUAUGACGACACCGGCGUGCCCUACGUCUACUCGCCCUACGUUGACCCCACCCGCUGCCUUGCAGGCAGCCCAACAAUCAAAAAGAAGAGCAGUGCCUGCGUGGACGUUCUCCAUUCGCCCUUCGUGCAGGUCCCAGACGGCUAUUCCACUCCCGUGCACGGCAAGGCUUGUGACGACGUGGGCAACUUCCCCGAUCUCCUGGAGGAGGCUUCGCCCUCCAAGGCACCACCGUCGACCGUCAGCGAUAAAGGUGGAAGCACGCGUGGUACCAGCCCCUUCUCGUCAGAAGAGGAGGCCGUGAUGCAGGUGGAGGCCCUGCUUGCAUCGCUCCCGUCGGACAAGUCUCGCCAGCGCGUGGUAUCACAGCUCAAGGCUGCACAAGGUGGUGGCGACUUCACCGUGCUGGAGCCAGCAGCUGUUGUCGCCAAAGGGAAGGGAGAGCGGGAGAACAUGGACGGGGUUCGGCAAUGGAACGAAGAGUAUCAGAGCGUGGUGAGCAAGGGACUCAAGAACCUCAAACCCGAGGACGUGCGCACCAUUGCGCGACUUAUGAACGACUUUGUCCGGCAGGCCGAAACCUACGCCAAGAUCAUCAUCAACGAACUCAACGUUCCCGACCACCGGAAGACCAUCAAACCGGCCGGGGUGGGCGGGGUGGCCGGCGGGAGGAAAUACAUCGUGCAGGGCAUCCUCUUCAAGUUCUGCCUCGACCCGUUGGUCUCCAAGAAGCCAAUGACGUGGCUCUACGGUGGCGAUCGGCCGGACGAUGAUGCCGCCAUCAAGGCUGCAGGCCUGGAGCUGCAAGGUCUCUGCACGUCCACCACCGCAACCAUCACCAGCCUCCACCACCCGCUUAUCGCCCUGAUCGAUUACAAGGGAUUCAGACUGGUGGCCAUCUGCCUGCUCCCAAUUGGGCCAGGUUCAAACGAUGCAGGGCACACAAUCAAGGUGGGCGACGCGAAGCUGGACCAAAUGAUGGAGCUGCUCGGAGAGUACCUCAACCUACGCAAGCACCUGGUGGGCAAGCAGGGGGCGACAUCGAAGGCCAUCUGGGCACCGACGGGCGCUAUUACCUCCUUGUUGGACGGCAGGGGCGUGUUCUUCCGCAUGCUCAGGCCCGAACUCGUGCGCAGCUUCCGAGUCCCUCUCUCCUCUGAUACCUUUACCGGGUGGGGGAUGUACGACGACAAUCGUACGGAGUACGAGCUGGACGUGCGUGAGGCCACCAACCUCGUGAUCGAGGAACGUAUACCUGCUCUCGCCGAGGAGAUCGACCAGCUCAAAAUGCACUCGCGAGGGGUGAAUCUGCGCCAUUUGGGCCGACUGCGCCAGCAGAUGAGGUCGGACAGAGAUGGGCGCCUGAUCUUCUCGAUUGCCCUAAGUCGGGCGUUCAAGUCCAAGCUGCGCGAGCGCAUGCGCAACAGCGUACAAAACCAGAAGCACUCGGCAUCCGAGUCGGAUCACUUCUGGCAGAGGGGCAUCAAAAGGACUCUGAAGCAGAAGUUCCCAUUCCUCCUCACCGAAGAGGAGCGCCACGAGGACUACGAUCUUCGCGGGGUCGGCUACAUUAAAAUGGCGUUCACGCUGAGCUUCAAUCUGGGCCUGGUCCAGCUCCCGAGCGUGGUGACGGAAGCGAUCUUCAAGGAUCCCACAUCCGUGCAGUUGGUGGAAACCGAUAUCCUGAGCAUCCCCGCCAUCGUCAAACACACGCAUCUCACGCACAUCUUCAGCAGCAACAUCUGCAUGCUUGAGGCAGCCACGAACAACCACAAGGUGUCCGCUGCACUUCGAUUACUCUACCAGGCCCGAGAGCACCUCGUAACGGCGACCAACAUGUUGGCGUCGUUGUGUCCGUACGCCAACUGGGUGCUCGGCUGCGUUGAGGUCGAGAUAGCGUCACGCCUGCUUUUCGAUCAGGAGGCGGAGCGGCUUUUCACCAGCUCCUACAACAGGUUUGAGAGGUCGUGCCAGCUGGACAAGGCAAACCAAGCACAGCUUAACUCGUGGGCCGACGCACUGGAACAGCAUGCGGCACGGCUGGCUGCCAAUGUCGGCGACGUUGGGCGGACGGAGGAGCUGCGUGCACUAGCUGCAGUCAAGCGGCAUCUCGCAGCUAGGGCAGGUGUGACAACGUACUCUCUCAUCACCAUGUGGUGA